AUGUCGACGACAACGACAAAAGCUACGACGACUGUAGUGGCCAAUGGCUUGAACGAUAGAGCUGCAGAUUUCUUUGAGGAAGUUCACUUCCUCGGCGAUGCUGAAGGCAAGAUUAAGAUUCGCUCUCCACCAAAAUUUGCCAAUCCACUCGACGAACGCAAAUACCAGAAGCAGCACUUGGCAGCUGCGUUUCGAGUAUUUGCAAAGCAAGGAUUCGAUGAAGGUGUUGCUGGACAUAUCUCUCUUCGGGAUCCUAUCAACCCACACCAUUUUUGGAUCAACCCAUUGAGUACCCACUUCUCGAUGAUCAAGGUCUCUGAUCUAGUACUAGUCAAUGAGAAUGGUGAAGUUAUACAGGGCGGCGCGCAGCAACCUAUCAACGGCCCAGCCUUUGCUAUCCAUAGCGAAAUCCACAAGGCGCGUCCAGAUCUAAAUGCGGCUUGCCAUGCCCACUCUGUCUACGGCAAGGCCUUUUCCUGCUUUGGUCGUCCUAUCGAAAUGUUAUACCAGGAUGCUCUGCGGUUCUACAAUGAUCUCGCUGUCUACCACAAUUAUGGCGGAACAGUUUUAUCCAACGAGGAGGGAGCACGUAUUGCAAAGGCACUUGGCCCUACCUGCCGAAAUGUCAUUCUGCAGAAUCAUGGCAUGAUUACCUGCGGAAAGACCGUGGACGAGGCGGCAUUCUUGUUCAUCGCACUUGAUCGAUGCUGCCACGCACAGCUUAUGGCCAAUGCGGCCAGCGGUCCUGGGUGGGAGAAGAUUCAUAUCAACCAAGCGGAGGCAGAGAUGACACAUAAGAAGAGCGGAAAUUCCAGCAAGAUGUGGUUGGCCUUCCAGCCAUAUUACGACCAAGUUGUCCAGGAAGAUCCUUCACUUCUUGAGUGA